CGCACUGUGUGUUUUCGGACGGGCAAAACGGAGUGAGUGAGACUCAUCAGCCGUCCGUUUUAUGCCCAUGGCAGAGAACAACCAAUCGUGGGGCUGCAGGAGGUCAUCGAUGCGGGCCACUUACUGUGUCCCUGCAAAGGAUCCUGGAAUAAAUUGGCACGGCCUUGUCUUAUCCAUAUGGUACGAGAACAAAAAGGUGGACACACCAAGAGAAAGAGAGAUAGGUGUCGGUCACUGCCUCUGGAAGACUUCCUGAGCGCAAAGAAGUCUGCGUUGCACCGGCUCUGCCGGACAGCGUUGGCGUUCGGAGUAGGCCUGUGCUUCUGGGCUGCCCCAUCGGACCUUUCCAUUUGGGAGAAAGGUAACGGUUGCCGGUCCUGCCCGACCCAGGUUGAACGUCAAGGAACGUUCGAGAGGCAAAGGCCACUUGGAAGGAAAUCAAUGCAAAGUGAAAUGCGUCAUCCGCCACUCUGGUGUAUACGAGAUGAUUGCGGCACUCAACUCUUCUACCUCCGAGUCAUCAUUUGAAGAGACUGGCUGAUUUGCCCCGAGGCUCAGAAACAGCUUCGCUUGGCAUGUCAAGUGCCAACCGUGCACGCCGUUUGCAUGGUCGUCGUGGGACCCAUUAGAACAUCAAAAAUGGUACCGUAGGGUACACAGGGCUCGAUGCAAAU